CCGGCGCAUGCGCCCUACUGCUUCGCAGCGGCCGCUGCCUGCCCUUUCUCUCCUCUCCGCCUUUCUUCAGGUACCGAUGGCGGCGAGUGACCCGGAAACGACCCAGCAACAAGUGAGCGGCCGUGGGGGAAGAGAAGGCGUGCGGGGAACGGCGAGGCUCGAUGAAAUUGAAGCCCUUUCAUCCAUAUAUGGUGAAGAUUGGUGUGUUGUUGAUGAAGAUGAAAAAAUCUAUUGCAUUAAGAUCAGUGAUUGUCUGGAGCAACCUAAAUGGACCCUCUGUCUGCAGGUAGUUUUGCCUCCCAGAUAUCCAGCAGCAGAGCCGCCUAUUUAUCAACUAAAUGCCUCUUGGCUUCGAGGACAGGAUUAUAUGGAACUAGCAAAUAGCUUGGAAGAAAUAUACAUACAGAACCUUGGUGAAAGUAUUCUUUAUUUAUGGGUGGAGAAGAUAAGAGAAGUUCUGAUAGAAAAGGCACAGUCAUCAGAUCCAGAAGAACCAGAUAAUAAGAAAAUCAGUGAAGAAGUUGAUGAAGAUAAUGAAGAUGAUUCUCUCCUGGACUAUCAGCCAGUUCAGGAAGAUUCAGUUAAAAUGUUGAAUUUUACUACAUCUGAAAGCCAAGAAGAUGAAGAACUGCCAUCAAUACGUCAUGGAAACCCAAUCACAGACCGAAGGAGUACCUUCCAGGCACAUCUGGCUCCUGUGGUGACACCUCAACAAGUAAAGAGAGUUCUUGAAAAAUUAUAUGAGAAUAAGAAAAUUGCAAGUGCUACCCACAACAUAUAUGCAUUCAGAAUCUACUGUGAAGAUAAGCACACCUUUUUACAGGAUUGUGAAGAUGAUGGGGAGACAGCGGCAGGAGGACGCCUUCUUCAUCUUAUGCAGAUUUUGAAUGUCCACAAUGUGUUAGUUGUGGUAUCCCGCUGGUAUGGAGGUAUUCUGUUAGGACCAGAUCGUUUUAAACAUGUCAAUAAUUGUGCAAGAACUAUACUUGUGGAAUACAACUAUGUACAUUCAGUGGAAGAAUCAUCUAAACAAGUGGGAAAGAGCAGAAGGAUAAAGAAGGACAACAAGAAGAGAAUGGAACAUUAAUUUAUUAUUAAAAACUAAAAAGAAUUACUUUGCACAUAUUUAUAGAAAUGAAAUAUGGACAUUAUUGCCUUAUCCACAACAGACAUUUUGUAUUCAAAAGAAAAUUCAGUAAAGCUAUAUUUUUCUCUUCUUCUAUCAUUUCUUCAGCUAUUCUGAAGUGGAGAGCUUAGACAAAUGAGUUUUCUCAGCUCCUUGCUAUGAGGGCAUCAUAGCACCCAGAACCAUUUUUUCCCCUCAACUGUGGAUGGUUAAUUAAAAUGUGGGUUGUCUAUCCUCUCUAUUAUUGGGUUGGAACUCAAACACCUGCCUUGUACUAAAACUGGGACCUUAAUUUCUUGUCUCAAGGGUGAGACUGAAGUCAUUAAGAGCCUGCAAGUGACCUGUUUUUUGAAGUUUUUAAUACCUAAAAGGAAAACAGAUGACCUAAUGCUAUAUGGCCUUGGAGAGCCUGGUCCUGCCUACACAGUUCUCAGUCAUGCCUGUUAGAACCUGCUCAGUGACAUAAGGAAAAGUGGACAUGGGUGGUGAACUACAGAAAUGUAAAGAUGUUGCUUCAAAAUUUCUUUGAGGAAUAUGCUGUGAGUGUCAGACUCUUGUUGAACAGCUGAGAAGUGUCCUGUAACUAAGGGAACCAGCAAUUUCAACAAAGAAUAUGGAGAUUUUGAAAUCACACUGUUAAAGCUAGUAGUGGACAUUAAUAAACAUUCUGAAAUGUG